AGUCUUAGUUGUGGGUUAAAUAUGCAGUCUCUGCCUUUGUUCAUGUUGCGGAAUCUACAGGAGCUACAAGUUCGUCAUUAUUCACCAUGUGAACCCCUUGAUAUUUGGGGAUUACCUCAAUUAAGGAAUCUCUAUGUUGGUGGAAUCUUUACACUAGUUCCUCAAAGAUCGGUUCAUCUUAAUUUGAAGAGCAUUAGAAGGUUGGAUUAUAGGAGUUGUACAAAGGUGUUGUUCCUGAGGAUCCCAAAUCUAAGGACAUUGGAAGUUACUACUAAUGAUGAAACUAAAUGCAAAGCUCCCAAUUGGUUUGAAAGUCUUGUCUAUUUAUAUAAAGUUGAAACACUAAGGGUUGAUGAUGUCGUACUUCCCGAGUUUAGAACUAUUUAUUCUAUGGGGAUGCUAAGCCUGGAGAAUUUUUUGCCAAAUCUUAAGGAGUUAAGAUUCUUUCUUACAAAUUUAAAAUGGAAGGAUAUGGAUGUUGUUGGUGAGUUGUCUAAGCUUGAGUACCUCGAAUUGGAUAUAGAUGCUGUUAAGGAUAAAAAAUGGAAACCCAAAGAUGGAGGAUUUCGUCGAUUAAAGUUCUUGAACAUAUAUGAGAGUCCUCUACAAUAUUGGGAAGCCACUAGUAAUCAUUUCCAGUCCUUGAAAAUCUAGUCCUUCGUGGCAUAGCUUUGAAAGAAAUUCCUAGUGGUUUUGCAGAAAUAACUACACUCAAAUCAAUCAAAUUAAUAUUUUGUUCAGAGUCACUUAUAUCAUCUGCUGAGCGUAUUC